AUCAAGAAUUCAUUUGACAGGUCGAUUCUGAUCUGAGCGCCCUUCCUGGCGCGCACGUUGAGGCGCUUCUGCCCUCCCUUAACGGCUUUAACUAAUUCCUCCUCCCCUCCAGGUAACGUGACCUCCCACCCUCUCCUCUCAAUUCUCAAAUCCGCCCCGAAUUCCCAAUCACCACCUCGUCCCCCAGCCCGAUCGCAUUCGAGGUCUCCCACUCCGCCCUCGGCCCCGUCCAGAAUAAGUGCGACGGUUUCUGUGCCCCAGGUUUUGUGGUUCUUGGAGGAAUUCGAUCCGAUUUGGCCAAUGCCCUUGCUGUUUCUUGGAGAGGCCGCUGAGAUUGGGAUCCAUGCCGCGUUAGCUGAAUAGGGCAUCGAGAGUCGCCGUCAUUGUCCGAGGGAUUCCGGUUUCUUGCGCGGGGAUUUUGUUGGGGCUGGAAAAAAGAAUUCUUUGAUCGGAUUGGCCAAAGUUCUUGGUUGAUCCGUUGGAAAGGUCUCCGCUUUGUGCUCUAGAAGCCGUUUCUUUGCGUUUCUUUCCUUGUGCCAGAUCCAUCUCCGCCCAAUUCUUUUGAGAAUUGGCGAAUUGGGGGUGAGGGUCUGAGGGAUUUGGCGUGCGAAGUUCGGAUGGAGGUGCACGCAGAGGUAGAUGGCUCCGGCGUCCCCCUGGCCGUGCUCCUGAAGCGGGAGCUGUGCAACCAGAUGGUGGAGAAGCCGGACAUCCUGUUCGGGGAGGCCAACAAGAGCAAGAAAGGGGAGGACUUCACGCUCCUCAUGGCCAAGUGCCACCGCAGCCCGGGCGAGGGCAGCAGCGGCGAGAAUGCAAGCGACGACGACGCCAUCUCGGUGUUUGCGGUUUUUGAUGGCCACAAUGGAUCUGCUGCUGCCAUAUACACCCGGGAGAAUCUAUUAAACAAUGUGUUGGCUGCUAUUCCUCCAAAUCUUACAAGUGAGGAGUGGACAGCUGCAUUGCCAAGGGCACUAGUUGCAGGUUUUGUAAAAACAGAUAAAGACUUCCAAACAAAAGCGGCACGUUCAGGGACCACUGUGACUUUUGUUAUCAUAGACGGAUGGGUUGUCACUGUAGCAUCAGUUGGUGAUUCACGCUGUAUUCUAGAGUCUGCUGAAGGUUCAGUAUAUUUUUUGUCAGCUGAUCACCGCCUGGAUGCUAAUGAAGAGGAGGUGGAGCGUGUAACAGCAAGCGGUGGUGAAGUUGGGAGAAUAAAUAUUGCUGGGGGUGCUGGGAUUGGUCCACUCAGAUGCUGGCCUGGCGGAUUGUGUCUAUCAAGGUCAAUUGGCGAUAUCGACGUUGGGGAAUUUAUAGUUCCUGUCCCACAUGUGAAGCAAGUAAAGUUGUCCAAUGCCGGAGGGCGGCUUGUUAUUGCCAGCGAUGGUGUCUGGGAUGCGCUGCGCUUUCAAGAAGCUCUAAACUACACCAGGGGGCUGCCAGCUGAAGCUGCUGCUAAUCGCAUUGUUAAGGAAGCUGUGACUUCAAAGGGACUACGAGAUGAUACUACCUGCAUAGUAGUUGACAUACUACCUCCAGAAAAGUUAAGCCCUCCAUUAAAGAGGCAUGGGAAAGGAGGCAUCAUAGCUUUGUUCCGUCGGAGGCCCUCUGAUGAAAUGUCUGAAGAUCAGAUGGACAGAGGAUGUUUAGAACCUGAUGUCGUGGAGGAAAUAUACGAGGAGGGUUCUGCAAUGCUUGCUCGAAGGUUGAAUAUAAAUUACCCAGCAGGAAAUAUGUUUAAGCUGCAUGACUGUGCAGUCUGCCAAUUGGGGAUGAAACCCGGUGAGGGCAUCUCUGUUCGUGGUAACAUGCCAAAGCAUUCAAGAGUUGACCCCUGGGGUGGUCCUUUUCUAUGUUUCUCCUGUCAAGUGAAAAAGGAGGCCAUGGAAGGGAAGCUGCAUUCGAGAAAUUCUCAAUCCGCUGCCGAACCUGUGCCCAAGUAGCCCUCCCCUACAAGUUUUCUAUACAUUGGUUUAUACACACUAACUCUCACUAACGACAACUCUAGCAAAUAAAGUAGACCCGUCAAUGUCAUCUUAUUCAUCAAUCAACGGUAGACAGAUUCAGGAAUUUUCACUGCUACAUUCCUAUCAAACUGGAAUAUCAAAAUGGCCGUCAAUACAGAUGAUAGAGAUUUAUGGUGUUAUUUAUAUGAAGCACCACAAUUAUUGUGUAGAAGGUUCAAGUCUGAUCUCAGACUAUGCUUAUCAAGUUUAUCUAUUUGGGGAGACCACAACUGACCUCUAGGUUCAAAUGAACCGGUAGCCUGAAGGUGUGCUGCCUUCUGCCAUUGAUUAUCAAGUCUGCAUGACUUGGUCCUUUUGUGAAUACCAGUCAUUGAGCACCAUUUAGUCCAAAUGUAGUUUUUUUUUCUCAGGUCAUGCUGUGUGAUGAGUGGUCAUAAAGACUAAGCUUUUCCCAGCGUCACAGUCACAUGUGAUGCUUUCUCCCUUGUUCAUUGUCUCGCCAUGAGCAUUUUCCUUUCCUUUUUUUAUUCUUUGCCAUGUGUAUAGCCAUGAGGUCCAUCACGUCCACUAACAUUAUUCUUUCUAUUUGCACCACAGUUCUACAGUUGUACAAUUGUACUCACAAUUUCUAACAAACAUUUAUUCCUUUUUCCUGGAAGUUUUGCUUCCUAUUGUACUUGAAAUGUUACUGAAUUUGAAUAUAAUUCUAAGGUUUCUGAUUGUAA